UAUGAUAUAGGUGUUCGGCGUCGUCGCUAGUCAAGCAAUGAGGCGACUCUCCUGUGAAUGGAAACAAACAAUAUUAGCCCGGUCUCGUUCGCGUCUAUAGCAACUCGCAAAACGAGGCGUCACGCACCGGCGGCCCUCACACUAACCAUUCAAUAACAACACUACGAGUGAUUGGACGGAAGUGUUGGACAAAUAUAUCGUGAUAAAUAAUAAGAUGUACCAGGAGAAUAACAACACAAACAUAGCACUGGAAUACUGAUCACUUUUGAAGAUUUUCUCUGCCCGAGCUGCCCGAACAUCCCGGGAUGAAGGAACACACGUACGGAUGGUACCCGGCUGUACGGGAUGUGUACACGGAGAGGAGACUGGGCGUGCCCUCAGCAUAUGAAUUGGAGGCGAUGUACAAGUUCCGGGACAGUAAAUAUUACACGGCGCCCAACCCACCAUCUCCUCGAACACCAAAACCGUACCAACCGACGCCGACGCCGACUAAACACAGACCGACGUCCAGUACGUCGUCUAAAUCCGGUCGGGAUUCCGGACUGCAGGUGCGUGCAAAGAGUGCACCUCUAUAUAAUUUUAAAAGGGUUGCUCGUUUAGAGCUUCCCACACCCCUCCAAUGCUGGGCUACCAGCAGUGUGUCGGAGACGGAGGCUGGGGAAACGCCCAGCUCUCAGACUUUACCGACCCCUACCCCUUAUCCACCUAAAGAAGAAACACCAAAGGAGGAACAGAAACAGGCGCGACGAGACAGAAUUAAGAGUGCUGUGAUGCGACGUGACCGAGCGCAGGCGCCUAAGCGCCCAGUCAAGUCAGCUGGGCCAACUCGCUCACCUGUGGAGGUGUAUCAGGCCCAUAUACCGAAGGAGGGCAGUGUGCCCGUGCCCCCCUCAUCACCUGCCCCGGAAGUAUAUUACAUACCGGAAGAACCUACUUGCCGCCCUACCACGGCGGAAAUUUAUGACAAAAAUGUCAAAGAAUACGGGUGGAGGUUCGAAGUUCAUGGGGAUCCAUACAAAUUAAAGAAGAAGACACUAUCCAAGCGUCUGCCGUACUACGUGACUGUCCCGGAACCAGAGAUCGAGCGGGACGGUCCAAAGGUCAAGAUGGAAAACAUGGAUACCUUCUUUUACAACACUAUCCCCAGACGUCCCGCCACCUUCACUAUCCAUCAGGAGUGGAUCUCGGAAACGAUACACGCCCAGCGCAUGGAGCUGCAAAAACGGGAGGGCAUCAAACACAGAUGGAAGAACUUUAGUUUCGUUUAUUAGGAAUCGUUAAUUACACAUAGUUUAUUAUCAACUGACCUUUAUAUAUUAUUUUCAAAUUAGAUUUUUCAAAGCAAUUGUUUAUAUUUCGUUAUAAUAUUUUGUCCGGUUAUAUUUAUAUCAAACUGUGAUAAAACAAUUACUGCUGCGCCCCUAUAGAACUUUGGAUAUCUCGUGUGUUUGUUUAAUUGUUUAAGGAGAUGUACAUGUAUUCACUAGAUGGCGCCCUCACCUCGUGCUUGUUUCCAUUAGGGCGCCAUCCGGGAAUGUUCUGUUACAUGUUGGGGAUCACCAUUCCUUUUAGGGCGAGUGCUCAGGUAUGGAUACGUCAUGACAUAACCGUUCGUUGUUCUCCAGUUCAUGUGCAAAUCUUCAUAGAAAACAUGGUACACAAAGAAGUAUGUCACUUUCAUGUCAAUAUAUACAGCGUUCUGUGAAAGUUUAAAGAAUAUGCCAGACAGGUAUCGAUGUCCUUCCUGUAUUCAAACUACAUGUAUUCUUAUAAUCUCGUAGUCUGCAGUUCAUCACCACCCCGAUAUUGAUGACAUGCCUUUCCUCAGCAGUAAAGUAUUAGGGCUUUCCUCUGCUUGUACAUGCAAUGAACAGUUCGCCUCUAUCAUAUCGUCUAGGUUCAUGCUAACACUGCAAGGGAUUCGCCCCUAUCUUAUAGCCUAGGUUCAUGCUACCACUCAAAGGGGGGGGCCCCUAUCUUAUAGCCUAGGUUUAUGCUACCACUCAAAGGGAUUCGCCCCUAUCUUAUAGCCUAGGUUCAUGCUACCACUUAAAGGGGUUCACCCCUAUCUUAUAGCCUAGGUUUAUGUUACCACUCAACGGGGUUCAUUACACAAUUGAGCGUUUCAGUCCAUUUCGUAUAUAUUUCGUGACUGUUAAAACUCAUUGUUGAUACAAAAACAAGUCCUGUAUGCAGGUUCAAUAGUUAUGAACAUGGCGAUAUUGUUCUCAAGUUGGAUCAGGGAUAUUAUAUGUAGAGUGUAUGUGUGUAUAUAAAAAGUGACGUAUUCUUCAAUAUUCCGUCCAGUUAAAGGAAGUCUGUCGGGAUGAUGUGUGGAGUCUUGAAGUUCCCAUCAACUACACAGUUGUGUCGAGUGAGAUAUGACUGUGGUUACUGGAAAUCACUUUAUUUUCAUGUGUACCUAUUUUAUCUGUACCUAUUUUCACGACUUUUCUUUUCACUAAGAUAUUAAUUUGCGAAAUAAACGACAACGUAUAGAUCACUUGUCUAAAUAUUCGCGAGCUUUUUGAAGUAGCAAUUUGCCUCUCUGCAAAGUCCACGAAGAUAAGUAUCUCGUAAAUAAGGAGUGAUUUUCAGUAACUGUUCCGCUUUAAAACUGCCUUUUUGUUAUGUCUUAUGUCAUGUUUCCUUUUUGUUUAUAUUCCUUUCCUCGCAGAACCAUCUCAUGCCGACAUAGUCCGCCAUAACAACGCCAUACACCUAGUUAAACGACGCCAUACACCUAGUUAAACAACGCCAUACACCUAGUUAAACAACGCC